AUGACCGAGUGUCUGCGACUGAUCCGCUGUCGAGUUGCAACGGCGGCUGCUUACAUUCAAACUGAUGCCCUUCCAAAUAUCUCUACUUCAUCGGCUGCUCCAAGUUCGAAUUCCGGAUGCUCGUCCAAGACCACGUCAUGUUCUUCUGAUCCACCUGAAAAUUCCUACUACAAGCCGGGAGAAAUUGGUAUGAAACUUCUCAAGUUUAAUUUCAGUGAAAAUCGCGUGAUCUUGGAAGCGGUUAGUCGAUUUGAGAACGCUUACAUAUCAUUCGCUGGCUGGUUGACCGAAUUGGCGUCCUUGAAUCCUCCACCAAUGGAAGUGCUUCCUGUGGCCUUGGGUGAUGAGACACCAGUCGGUCAGCAGGGUGGAAAUUUGAAUCCUCCUCCUCCUUCAACUUCAUUCUCAAAGAAGAGUGGUAUUCGAGUAUCCUUCCCAAUUAACCGCUCGGCUGUCUCUUCUCUUCAUUCACCCGAUUCCCCUCAACAGGAUGACGUCUUGACUCCGGAUGACGUGGGUGAAAUUAUGGCGAGAGGAAAUGCCUGUUUUUUGGCAAUCCAAACGGCUGCAGAGGUAUGA